CGACUUAGUCACAAAUUCUAAAACGUAAUAAUCUUCACAAAAUGUACAAACGUUAGUGCAAUAAAAAACAAUCACAGGGUGAGAGCUUAACAGCACAUCAAGAUAGAGGUAAUUUAUUUUUACAUCCCCUGCUAUGAUGCAAGCCUAUUUAAUUCGUGAAGAACAUACUGCCCGUUAUCCGCCAACCACCCCCAGCCUAAAAAUGUAUUUAAAUCUGGCAAGAAAAUGGCAGUAUCGGAAUGAGGUUGACCACGUUCACCCCUGCAGAAGCCCGCAGGUUGUAAUCGCCAUAUGGCCCGCGUGUCGGCCUCGCAGCCGUGCAAUCAGAUCCCUAUUGGACAGACGAACCCCUUUGCCUUCUCCACCCUGUGUGUCCUGUAAAUCCACUGGUUCAGUAGUUCACCGUGUCAAUCCACCCCGCUCCACGCAAGCAGCUAUAGGCGGAAAAAAAGAGGUAGAGGGUAGAGGUGGAAUCUAUCGCCUGCUGCUGACUGCUAAGCCCGAAGGAAUCGCAUGCAGGGUUCGAAGAGUUCGGAAGUGCAAAGGGUGCUCCAUGUUCGGGAGCACUCGGGCUCGGAAGACCCCGUCGUGUUGAUGGGUGCGCGCGCGCAUGUGUUGUGAGCAGUCCGUCCUUCUCGCGGUUGAGGAUUUAUAGCUUUCCAAAGCUGCCAUGUAAACUAUCUUAUUUUGUUUUGUUUAGUGGAAAGAUACCAUUACCAAAUUACGCACAACGCAUCCAAGGUCACCAAAAAGCAAAACACUAUAUAUUCCAGGCGCGUUUACAGUAGAUAAUCCCGCAAACGCUGAUCAAGCUUGGCUCAUGAGACCCAGAGAAGUGCUGGAAGUCAGUUCCCUCAAGCCUUCAGGAAGCAAUAUUCUUGCAUAAAAUUCAGUUAUAAGAAACAACAUCAUCCCGGUCAGCUUCCAAGAGGCCUUUGGAAAGAGACCGUCACGUGACAUCUGGUGCCAAUGUUCUUCCAGAAGGUCGUCAGGACCCUGGUAGCCGGUAACUCCACUUUUGGAAAUGCAGAAAACGACCUACUACGACAACUCAACGCUUUUCGGAGGUUACUCGUACCAAGGGGCCAACGGCUUCGGCUAUGAUGCUCCUCAACCAGCCUUCCAGUCCGCGGCUCACCUUGAAGGCGACUACCAGAGGUCCGCCUGCUCGCUGCAGUCCCUCGGUGGCAACAGCGCUCCUCCCCAGCAGCAUGCCAAGACGAAAGAGCUGAAUGGCAGCUGCAUGCGGCCCAGCCUGCCACCUGAACACCAACCUCCCCCCCAGGUGUCCCCUCCCGUCAUCCCCGCCAACGCCACCAGCAGCAGUGCCACCGCCACCAGCAGCAGUGCCACCGCGCAGCAGCCGGGAGGCAGCGGUGGGGCCGCUAAAUCAGCGCCCAAGACGUACACUCUGUCCACAAACCCCACCCUCAACAAGCAGAUCUUCCCCUGGAUGAAAGAGUCGAGGCAGAAUACUAAGCAAAAAAACAGCUCGCCAAGUGCAAGUUCAGCUAACGCGGAGAGCAGCGGAGGUGAAAAAAGCCCCCCGGGUUCCGCAGCCUCAAAGAGAGCGCGCACCGCGUACACGAGCGCGCAGCUGGUGGAGCUAGAAAAGGAGUUCCAUUUCAACCGUUACCUGUGUAGGCCUCGCCGCGUGGAAAUGGCCAACUUGCUCAACCUCAGCGAGCGCCAGAUCAAGAUUUGGUUCCAGAACCGGCGUAUGAAGUACAAAAAGGAUCAGAAAUGUAAAGGGCUGGGCUCUUCAUCAGGGGGCCCCUCUCCAACCGGAAGCCCACCCCUACCCAUGCAGUCCUCAGCUGGCUUCAUGAACUCCAUGCAUUCCAUGGCAGGCAACUACGACGCCCCCUCCCCGCCAUCUUUUAACAAGUCCCAUCAAAACGCAUAUGCCAUGUCCUCAGCCUACCAAAACCCCAUGAAAAGCUGCCCCUCCCAACAGAAGUAUGCCAACACAGCACCAGAAUACGACCCACACGGGCUACAGGGUAACAGUGGCAACUAUGGAACUCCCAACAUGCAGGGCAGCCCUGUGUAUGUGGGAGGAAACUACGUGGAGUCGAUGCCCACCUCUGGGCCGUCCAUGUAUGGCCUCAAUCAUCUACCACACCACCAGGCUGGGAACAUGGACUACAACGGUGCCACGCAGAUGUCAGCAAGCCAACACCACGGACCGUGCGACCCCCACCCGACAUACACAGAGCUGGCAGCCCACCAUCCUUCUCAGGGUAGAAUCCAGGAAGCUCCCAAGUUAACUCAUCUGUAGUAGCAGGUUUGGGGAAAAAAACAAAAAUUACAACUACAAAUAACUAACCCAUGGGACGCUGCAAUGGGGUUGAAAAAAAAUAUGAUCCAGUGGUUUCUUGCCAUGGCCAAAAAAGUAUUGUCUGUUGUCUUUAUCAUUGUGCGUAUUAGUAACAUUCACUUGAAUUGCGUUUUGAUUAACGGUUUAUUUCCUUGAAUAUGGAGCUCUCCCUCGAAAACAAGUAAUUAAAUAGUAAUAGUUGGGCUUAAUGGACAGCUAACAAGGUGGGGGGGGGUUUAUUACUGUCAGACCUUUUUGACUCGGUGAAACACAUGUUAUGUCAACGUGGAUUUAUGUUUAGCCUGCGUCCUUGCAGUCAGCACAAAUGGCUAAGCUUGACUGACGUCAAUAUGCAUUUUUCAAUUGGUGCAAGCAAACCACUGGAUUGUUUUCGAUUACUUCCCUUAUUCAUAUUACCUCUCUUCGGAAAUGUCUCACUAACCCACUGUGCAGUGACAUUUAUUUUUUAUUUUUUACAUGUCCUCGCCAAACAUUGUGGCUUCAAGGGAAGAGCUCCUUCAGCAUCACGCAGAUGCAUCGUAGGCCUACACCCCCACUGGGUUUAUGGUGUUUGGGUUCACAUUGCUAUGCUGUGCUAUGCUAGCUAACGUCCAUAAACAAUCACAAACACACACGCGAGGACAUACAAUUUAUAUUUGUUAUGCUGUUAUAUCAUCAUCACAGGGUAAAAAGGAGUUGAGAACUCUUGACAACUAUGAUAGGCUCAUUGCCCCCUGCCUUCUCUCCCCCCUCACCACUCUCUCUCCGUUCUCUAUCACUCCCUACUCUCAUUCUUCCAACUCUCUAUCACUCUCUCUCGUUCAAUCUAUAGGGUUCACUUACAUUAGCCAAGACUAAUGCGAAAGGCUCACAAUUUCUCAUGUCUUGACUUAACGUGGAAACAGGGUAUAUUUGAACAAAAUGCAUGUCCAGAAACCAAGCUGAAGUGUAGGUUUACACUAAUGCUUUCUCGUCUGGGCAUCAUUGUUGCACUUAGAGUUUACAUUUUGAUGGUUAAGGGAAAAAUACAUCUUAUUUUGGAAACGGAAGACCUCCAAUCAGCGUCUUUCUCAAUGUAUGUUCAAGUGAACAUUCAUAAAUAUAUAUUUAUUUGUUAUAGCCAGUUUAAAUACUUUCUUUUUGUAUUAUUUAUCCCCCAUGUAUUUAUAUCAAGAAAAAAUGUAAUUUUUUAGUAUUUACCUGUUAUAAAGACGUUGUGUUCUUGUCAUUGUAACGAAUACAUUUUAGUUAUUGUAUUUUAGAAAUAAAUAGUUUGUUACCCUUGUACGUAAAUAAUGUCUUGACUUGUACAGGGGUCAGCGAGGACGGAAUCAGACCGUUCCUGCAUAGUCGAGAAUUAGACGAAAUAUAGCUAAACACUUUUGGAGAACUUCCUUUGUCCUUUGUAGCUCCUUUUAUUCCAUUGUUAAGAGUUGUCUGUUGAACAAUUCUUUAAUAAAAUGUUAUGUUAUUCAGUU